ACAGGGAGGAGUUGGCUUCUGUGUGAUGGAGUGAAAAACACUCAUGUUCAUGCCUUACAAAUGUGGGUGGAAUUAGUUGACUGAAUCGUGUUGCAGUUGCAUGUGAAUGUAACUCGCAUGCAGGAGUUGGACAUCAGCAGGCUUUGCGAACAAUUUGAAGGGCACAAUGGACUCAGAUCCCAGCAUCUCCUCUGAAGAGCCCAAGGCGAAGAGAAGCUUUGACCAAAUGUUGUUCGUCAACAGAAGUGUGAGCUUGGAAAACAUCCAGUGCUAUGGAUUUGACAUGGACUACACGAUGGCGAUAUAUAAGUCUCCUGACUACGAGAGCCUGGGCUUUGAGCUGAUAAGAGACAGAAUGGUGUCUGUGGGAUACCCUCAUGAGCUUCUGCGCUACACAUACGACCCCAGCUUCCCCACACGUGGUUUAGUGAUCGACACCAAUUUCGGGAACCUCCUGAAGGUGGAUUCAAAUGGGAAUGUUUUAGUCUGCAGUCACGGCUUCCACUUCCUCAAAGGAGAAGACGUUCACCAAUACUACCCCAACAAGUUCAUCCAAAGAGAUGACACCGACCGUUUCUACAUUCUCAACACUCUCUUCAAUCUUUCAGAGACGUACUUCUACACCUGCCUUGUGGACUUCUUCACAAGAUGCACCAGAUACACAAACCUCCUGAAAGGUUUCCAGCACGGCGACUUGUUUAUGUCCUACAGGAGCAUGUUCCAGGAUGCUCGAGACACGAUGGACUUCCUUCACGACUCGGGAAUCCUGAAGGACAGAACUAUCAAGAAUAUGGAGAAAUAUGUGAUUAAAGAACCAAAUCUCCCUGUGCUCCUGACACGGAUUAAAAUGGUGGCCAAGGUCUUCCUCGCUACCAACAGUGACUACAACUACACUGAGGCCAUCAUGACAUAUCUGCUUGAAAAUAAUCCAAAGUCUGGGAGUCAGAAAAAGCCCUGGCGCUCCUACUUUGACCUCAUCGUGGUGGACACCAAGAAGCCCCUCUUCUUCGCAGAGGGGACGGUGCUGAGACAAGUGGACACGGACACAGGAAAGCUUCGGAUCGGGACGUACACAGGCGACCUCCAACAUGGAACCGUUUACUCCGGAGGAUCUUCAGACAUCAUCUGUGACUUGCUGGACGUCCGAGGGAAAGACAUCCUCUACGUCGGCGACCACAUCUUUGGAGACAUCCUCAAAUCCAAGAAGCGUCAGGGCUGGAAGACGUUCCUCGUCGUACCGGAGCUCAACAAGGAGCUGCGAGUGUGGGACGAGAAGAAGAAUCUGUUUGAGGAGUUGAAACGUCUCGACAUCUUCUUAGUUGAACUUUACAAGCAUCUGGACAGCGGCAGCAAGGAGGUUCCUGACAUCCGGGCCAUUCAGACGAGGAUGAAGGUGCUGACCUACAGAAUGGACACGUCGUACGGCCAGAUGGGCAGCCUGCUGCGCAGCGGCGCCAGACAGACGCUGUUCGCCAGCCAGCUGAUGCGUUACGCGGAUCUCUACUCCUCCACCUGCAUCAACCUGCUGCACUACCCCAUUAAUUACCUCUUCAUGGCUCCCCCAGUCCUGAUGCCCCACGAGUCAGCGGCGCAACACGCAGCGUCAGAGCUCGCGCGCACCAACAAUAUUACCCAGACGAGCAAAAACUAAAGUGCUAAACACAGCUGACCGACAUGUGCCAUAUAGGAAGGACGUGAGAAGAGGAGUAUUCAAAUGAAUCCUUGAACUGAUGAUUGGGCUUGUUUGCACCUGUGCUUGUAUCGAGGGUUUGUUGCAGCCAUGACGGGCCUCCUUUACCACAAUAAACUAACAGUGCUCCACCUAGUGGAUAUUAAGUGCUAUGACAUGCAGCAAGAUUUGGGGAUUGAAAGCAAAAACAGAUUGAGGGUUAUUGUAUUAAUCUGUCGUAAUUUGUAGUGGUACAUGUGCACUUUUUAUGUUUGUGUGAUGUUUUUUAUGAAUAAAUACAUCAUUAUAUUGGUUUUAAUUUAAGUACAACACAUUUGACAGCAUGCCAGUUUAUAUGUCAUUAGUGUAUCUCAGUGAAUAUUAAAGGACAUCCUCACAUAAUCAUGUUGUCACUGUUUUAGAGGCUUUUGAGACCCACAAUGCACAUUUUUUCGUAUGGGCCAUUUAUUAUAUGUAAGUAGUUCCAAUGAAAAUUGGUCACACAGAGGUCUGUGGAUUAUUCAGAGUAACCAGGAAACAAUGGGAAAGACACAUUGCUUUGGAGUUUUUCAAAUGUAAUGUUUCAGCCCCACAAAUCUCCUUUUCCUUUUAACAGCCAGAAAUCUCAAGGACACAUUAUGUAAAACCUGGGGCAAUAAGUGGUUCAGUAAUAUCUUUAUUCUGUUGGUGUGAACUGACCCUUUUAGGUUUGUCUUUUGUACUACAUCUGUUGUCCACUGGAUGGCAGAGAGUCACCUCUUUCUGUGUGUGAGUGUGUGUGUGUGUGUGCGCGUGUGUGAACUGGCUGAUGAUCAAGUGAAAACUGUUUUAUCUGACAAAACAAAGAUUUGUCUCUUAACACAAGAUAACACAAAUAACUGUGUUUACAAUGUUAUACAAUAAAAUGUGUGCUUCCAACAGUAAACUCAGUACCUCAUCUA